AUGCGCUAUAGCUAUAAGGAGCCGCCGUCAACACGCAAGGGCCCCAAUCCUCUUCUCUUUCUCGGUCUGUCUCUGGCUUCAUUCGGCGUCUUCUACUACAUCGUCAAACGUCGAGAGACAGCUUAUCCGGCAUCGAAGCAACCUAGACAACACGACAACCCUCUUAUUCCCCCCCGACACCGAGAUCAGUAA